AUGGAACCACCGAUAUCGACGCCGGAAUCGUUUCCCUUCCCAUUCCCCAAGCCAUACGAUAUCCAGGUCGAAUUGAUGCGAACAGUGUUCGAAGCUAUAGAGCAGAGAAAGAUAGCUAUAGUGCGUGGGUCUGGACACGUUGAAUCGCCCACUGGGACUGGCAAAUCGCUCACCCUCCUCACAUCCACCUUGUCAUGGCUCGAGCACAAUCAGCAAAGGGUAGACAAGGCGGAUGAGGAUCGAUUGAGAGCAAAGCUUUCGGAGGAUGAUCCGGAUGAUCCCGCCUGGGUCAUCGACCGCGCUGUCAAGAGGGCGAUAGCAGACCGUCGAGCCAUGAGCGACGCUCGGCGUGAGAGACUAGGUCGAGCCAAAGAGCGAGAGAGGCAGUUGAGACUGGCAGCUGCGCGUGGGGCGUUCAAGAAUGGACAGUAUAAGAGGGUGAAGAUUGGGGAAUCCAGCGGUCAGGAGGGCCGAGAAGGAGCGGACGAUUCGGCAUUCUUACCUGAAGAUGCGGAUUCAGCUGAGCAUUCGGAUGGACUGGUCUUGUCCAGGGAGGUCAGGGAGCUCAUGGCGAGGUGGGAAGAGGCGAAUGGAGAUGGAGCUGAAGUCAAGAUUUACUACACCUCGCGGACCCACACUCAGCUACGCCAAUUGACAUCGGAGUUACUCAAAACGUGCUUCGCGAAUGAGGGUGCAGAGUCGCAACAACACAUGGAUGUCAGUCUUGUCCCUCUUGGGAGCCGAAAACAGCUCUGCAUCAAUGACAAAAUUCGAUCGCUUGGAGGAGAUGAUCGUCUCAACGAGACAUGCUUGGAUAUGCAAAAGUCGGCCAACGCGCGAUGCGAAUACCUACCGUCAAAGGAUCAGGAACACCUCAUGCUUGACGCGAGAGACUCGGUUCUGGCCACAGUGAAAGACAUUGAGGAUCUGGUCGUUGCUGGAAAGCAAUCCCACGUGUGUCCGUAUUAUGCCACACGUCGCGCCGUGAAGCAGGCCCAGAUCGUCACCCUGCCGUACAACCUCUUGCUCCAGAAGAGUGCUAGGGAAGCGCUAGAGAUCGAUUUGACGGAUCAGAUCGUGGUGAUCGACGAGGCGCACAACCUCAUCGAUACGCUUCUGUCGAUCUACUCGACCACCCUCACCUCGUCUCAAUUGGGGAAUGCCAUUUCACAGCUCACCCAAUACCUUGCACGAUUUCGAAAUCGUCUCAAACCGACCCAUGCACUUUGGAUCCGCCAGACUCUGAGCCUCUUACAGGGCCUGGUCGGCGUCUGUGAGAGGGUCCUCGCGAGUCAUGGAAACGGGAAGGCAAAGGCCGAGAUGAUCGAUACCAACACGCUCAUCGGGAGGACGGGAAAGGGCAAUGAUCAGGUGAAUCUCAUGGAGAUGGUCAAGUACCUGAAGGAGAGCAAAUUGGCGAGAAAAGUGUCAGGGUACACCGAGAAGCUGGCGGAGGGGGGUGAGGGGGGGUCCAGGGGGGUGCCAGGGAAGGCCUCGAGCAGGCACUCUGCUAUCGCCGCUUUUCACACCGUCGAGACAUUCCUCCUCUCCCUGACCGACGCCCGAGAUGACGGACGAGUCAUCCUGUCGGUGGAUCAAAAGGUUGUUCACCUGAAGUAUAUCUUGUUGAACCCUGCGGAGCGGUUCCGCGAGGUGGUGGAGCAAGCUCGGAGCGUGAUUCUCGCCGGGGGCACGAUGGAGCCGAUCUCCGACUUUUUCACUCAGCUCUUCCCUUUCGUGCCCCGGGACAGAUUCAAGACGCUGUCCUGUGCUCAUGUCAUUCCCAAGUCGAAUCUCUUGACUCAAGUCAUCUGUCGAGGGCCCACCAAGGUGGACUUUGAGUUUACGUUUGGGAGUCGUGGCGACGAGCGAGUGCUCGCCGAGCUCGGGCGGGUGAUACAGUCCGCGAUCAAUCUCAUUCCGGACGGUGUGGUCGUGUUCCUCCCGUCGUAUACGUUUUUGGACUCGAUCAAGUCGGUCUGGACAAAGUCUGGUGUGUUCUACGAACCGCAGAGCUCGGGCGAUGUGGAGAGCAUCUUGAGAGAUUAUGCGCUCGCCAUUGCGACGGGAGGUUCAAAACGCAAUGGUGCACUCAUGUUUGCUGUGGUUGGUGGUAUCAACUUUAGCGAUGGACUGGGACGCUGCGUCAUCAUGGUGGGGUUGCCAUUUGCGAAUGUGGGAUCUGUCGAGUUGCAAGAGAGGAUGAAGUAUGUGGAGGGUUUGGAUGGAGCUGGGCGGGGGGCUUCAAGGGAGCUUUACGAGAAUCUGUGCAUGAGGGCUGUGAACCAAUCGAUCGGUCGGGCUAUUCGGCAUGCAAACGACUACGCAACGAUUCUUCUUGUCGACUCGAGGUAUGCUCAAUCUCGGAUCCGAAACAAGUUGCCCAAGUGGAUAGACCAGGAUGUCAAGGUGCAGGAGGAUUGGACAGUGGCGAUGAGAGGGAUUGCCGCGUUUUUCAACCACAAGCGGAGGCGUGGCGUGUGA